GAAGGGAGAGAAACUUACAAUUGAAAUUUGAUUUGACACGUUGCUUCGCUUAGGGAGGGGGAAUUUUAAUUGUUUGUGAUAAUUAAUGUUUCGGAUACAGGCAGUUCACGUCAUUGCGUAAAAUAGCCGGAAGUAAUCGAGAAUACGUCAUCGAAAAAAGAGAAGCGUUUGACUUUUUCCGUUGAGCGAGAAGCGAGAAGCGCUUGUACUCUCCCCCCUCGCGCCGUGCCUCUUUUCCCCGGCACCCCCUCGCCGCGAAUUCUCGUACCGGCUGCGUAUUUCGUGUUCCGUUAACGGGAGAGGUACGAGUUUGAGCGAGGCUCUAUUGGGGCCUCCGACGUCGGCCGUGACAGGUUGGAAUCACCCCGUUCCUCUGAAUUAGAAUAAAUCGGAGUGUUUCAUCGCAGUUGCAAAAAGCCAAGGUUCUAAUUAGCAUAUCCACGAGAAGUGAUCUCUCAUAAUUCCUUAAAAAACAAAUUAACACUCAAACGUCGUUUAUUUAUACAAAUAAAGAAGUGAUAAAAUCCGAAAAAUAGAAUUUUCGUGCGGGCAAAAGAGGAGAAAAGUUCAGUUCGCGCGUCUCAACGAAAGCGGCCACAUUUCUGGCGAUAAAACCAUUGGAAAAAUCGCAUUCGUUAUUCCGAAAUUUUCGAUAAGUUAUUCUAACCACGGCUCGAUCGAGGACAAUCUUUAAUUUCCGAAUUUUUAUACACGUGACAGAAACAGAAUUUUAGACCUCAAUCUUCGCGCUCGCGGUGCAGAAAAUAUACAAUUAUACAUAUUUACAUAAAUAAAUUAAAUUAAAUAUAUAUAUAUAUAUAUACACACACCUAUAUAUAUUAGUUAAAUAUCACGGUUAUGGCGUUUUUGAGAACUGUACCACGUUGCUGUGUGGGGAGUAAAAAGUUUAGCAAGUGUCUACCAUUGAGAGCCGGUCCAGUUGAGAAUUCGGCGAGGCCAACUGUGCAGCUGGUGCAGGUGUUGGCACAAGGAUACGCGAAUUUUUCGACCUCGGCGAGUACCGCCGAAAAACCUACCCCAGCUCCCCGACAAAUCGAUCCCCUCGAUCUUAAAUUCCAUGAUCCCGUCGCAUCUUUCAAGAGCAAAACCAUGACCGAACUUAUACGUGCUUACAUCGUUUAUCAAAUAUGCUCCAUCGAAUAUAUCGUCGAGAACAACAUGAAGUUUAUGAAACUAGCAAAGGCAGUGCUUGGAGAAAGGCUCUUUACGGUUUUGAUGAAAAGCACGUUCUACGGUCACUUUGUCGCGGGCGAGGACGAGGUCAAGAUCAGGCCGACGUUGUCGAGAUUACGACAAUUUGGCGUAAAACCAAUUCUCGAUUAUUCGGUGGAGGAAGAUCUCUCGCAAGAGGAAGCCGAGCGUCGCGAAGUCCAAGCUUCGGUAUCGGAGGCAGGGGACGAAAAGAAAGAAGGGACCUUGAAAAAGUAUCACGUUGAAAAAUCGUUCGCUGAUCGACGAUACAAGGUCGCGUCGGCGAGAACUUAUUUCUAUUUGAAUGAAGCCUCCUGCGAACGAAACAUGGAUAUUUUCAUCAGGUGCUUGGAAACGGUCGCAGGUGCAUCGAUGGGCGUUGGUUUCACCGCAGUAAAAUUGACUGCUCUCGGCCGACCUCAACUCUUGCUUCAAUUAUCCGAGGUGAUUAUGCGAGCUCGUCAGUACAUGUCGGACGUUGUUGGCGGUGAGGGCGCUGUAUUAGCUCAUCAUGCGAAACCCGAUGACUUCAAGAAGAAAUUCGAAGAGGCUCACAUCACGGACGCAGCUCCGGUACAGAAAUUUCUUGAUAAGAUCCAAUCCGACAAAGAGGGAAACGUCAUUCACUUGUUCCCCUGGAGCGGUAUUCUCGAUGAAAAUUAUGAGCUGAGCGAGACCUUCCAAGUGCCUGACAUAAAAACUGGAAAAAUGGUCAGAUUGAUGACACAGCUCACUGCCAAGGAGGAAGAAAUGUUCAGGAAUAUGAUAAGAAGACUCAACAACAUCGUUUCCGUUGCAGACAAAUUGGACGUUCGUAUAAUGAUCGAUGCGGAGCAAACAUAUUUCCAGCCAGCCAUCUCACGAUUAACGUUGGAGAUGAUGCGCAAGUACAAUACGAAGAAGGCUGUCGUCUUCAAUACGUAUCAGACGUAUCUCCAGGAAGCUUUCAACGAGGUGAAGACCGACCUUGAACAGGCCGAGCGUCAGAACUUUUACUUUGGCGCGAAAAUUGUUCGCGGUGCUUAUAUCGAGCAGGAACGAGCACGAGCUGCAGCGAUGGGUUACGCCGACCCUACCAAUCCUACGUACGAGGCAACGACUGAAUCUUACCACAAAACCCUUAUGGAAUGUUUACGUAGAAUGAAACAGUACAAAGAUAAGGGAGAGGAUCCAAAAAAAAUUGGUAUCAUGGUUGCCUCGCACAACGAAGACACCGUUCGAUUUGCGAUAGAAAAGAUGAAGGAAAUUGGCAUUUCACCCGAGGAUAAGGUCAUUUGCUUCGGUCAACUGUUGGGAAUGUGCGACUAUUUGACUUUCCCUCUCGGUCAAUCGGGUUAUUCGGCCUACAAGUACAUCCCUUACGGUCCAGUAAAAGAAGUGCUGCCAUAUCUGUCGCGACGAGCACAGGAGAACCGUGGUAUUCUAACGAAAAUAAAGAAAGAGAAGAGUCUUUUGCUGUCCGAGAUUACGAGGCGUCUACGAAGGGGGCAGUUGUUCUACACGCCUAAGGGCAAUUACACUCCCGUUUGAAUUGGCGAACUCACGAAAGUGUGAAAUGUCCUAGAGAAACAGCGAAAAAAGAGCGAGAGAGCAAAAAAAAGCCGAGAGAAAGGAAAAAGAGCCGAGUAUGAAUUUAAGUAGUGGUUGCAAAUUAAUGAAACUUUUAAACCCUAACGAGCGAAAAGACGUCGAGAUUCAAGAGGUAAAAAGAAAAAAAAAUAGUGAAAAAGAGAGAAAGAGCAAAAGCAAAAUGAUCGCUUGGGGUUUUCCACUAACGAUACUGUUGCUCGAUAUUCCAUGCGAAUAUUGAGCGCAUUCGGGCGUCUAGCUGACCGACAGAGCAGCGAAACGACGAAUAGAGCGUCUCUCUCUCCCCCCGCCUGCAUGUCCCCCCGGAAAGUGGCCGCGAAUUCUCAGUCACGUGAUCCGCGUCGAAUCUCGCCUCGUUCCAAUCUAAGGAUCCGUGACAUCGCGCGUCCCCUCCGUUCUUCGUAUUUAUGAUCGAUUGUAUUAAUAAAUAUCCUGCGGAUAGUAUUAUCAUUAUUUUUAUUCGUCGGAAGACACUAUUAUUUCGGAACACAAAACACCGAUUUCAUUUCAGCGCGCUCUCGCUCGAAUCACCCGCUUAAACGAUCCUCCCCGACGCGCAUCCGCGUUGCUUUUAUCCCCGAUAUUGCAACUUUGAAAACGUACGAAUUUCCGAGCCUCCUCCGAUGAUCUCAUACUCAGUGUUCAUUGUUUGAAAACAAAGCUGAAAAACCAAAAAAAAAAACAACAAAACAUUUAGCCCGUCGAUCCGCUCGUCUCGUCGGUUAAUCUUUUUCGUCAUCAUUACCACUCGAAUGAAGCGGCGUUUGAAUUCUUUCCGAGUUUCUGUUUCAUCAGAUCAUUCAUGAAUAACGCUAUAUCGAAAAAAUGACAUGAAAAAUCAUUCAUCGUUAAACAAAAAUAACAAUUUAUCGCUACGCCAGUACUUACGGAUGGAUGAAAACAAUCUCGCGCCCAUUUGUUGCAGCUCAUUAUCGUCCGGCCACAAAAGAAUUAUUCGAUUUUUUUGAAUUCAGAACACCGAAAAGUGGCGCGACCUAAAGCGAGAAGAGGAUGGCUCGCGGAAAGUUGGCUUGUGAGCGCUGUAAUAUCGAUAAAUUUUCACGAACGUUGUCAUUCAUCAUUUUUUUAUUCUAAGGAUUAAAUACGUGUUGAUGCGCGCCAGAGAAUUUUGUAAUACCGAUGCGAUAUUUUUGGUGCCUCUAUUAUCUUAGUUGCGUACGUUAAAUCAAGAGGGAGGAGAGACAGUAAGAAUUGAUUUUGUAUUCGUCGAAGACUUGGAGUAUUCGAAAAUAGCGUUGAACAUCUCUGAGCCUUUUUUCCAAUCGUCCAUUGAAAAAAAUAGCAAAUAAAAUGUUUGUUCGUUUUUUUUUUCAUUAAGUGCUUGACGAGGUGAUCUGUAUUUUAGCGCUCCUUCGAAUUUUUAUCGUACGGAGAUUGUUUUUGCAAACUCGAAAAUACAAGGAGAAGAAAGAAAUAAACAUUCAGCCAGUUCCUUUGCAAAGAAAAAACUUGUCUUUAUUUUUUCGCUUGUCAACUAUCGCAUUGCGUACCGAAAUCUGAGAUAGACUCGAAUCAGAGAAAUCCCAAUUCUCAGUCCUCUCUCACUGAAUUCGGAUUUUAUUAUGCUUUUCACACGAUACGUUUGCGAAAUCAAUGAAUCGAUAGAAAAAAAUAACCCCGAUAAAUUGAAGAACGAGGCGAUGACGAACCGGUUCGACAUUUUUAUAAAAUAAUAAUUGUUAAAGAAUUAGAGAAAAAAAGCAAAUAAGUGUAUGAAGUCGUUUUUUUUUAACUGUAACUAGGAACGUCCAAUUUCGCAAAAAUACUUUUAAGCUUGUAAUACAAAGCGUGUUCAUCGACGAAACGUGCUUUCCUCAGGAUUCUUUUAUUUCCUUUCUUUUUUAAACAUCAAAUACGCACUGUUAGCAAAUAGCUGGGAAUAUGUGAGUUUGUGAGAGUGUACGGAGACGAGAAAAGGCUAUAAAAGCUUUUCCGAGUGCAUUCAGUGCAUUUUAUUUGUUGCGUUGUGUGCAUCAAUAUUGUCAAUUUGUACGAUGAUACGCAACGGUAUUAAUUCCUACGAUCCAUCUCGAGUCAAUUUUUUUUAUGUCAUUUCUACAAACUUUUGUGCCCCAAGUUCACAGCGAUGAUUGGUGUCUUCGUGCUUUAGUCGAACAGACAUUUUCGUGAUUGAUUUCGUGAUUCGAAGGAAAUAUUUCAAUCAGAGUAAAAAAAAAAACAAAUGUUUUUUUCCUUUCAAAAAAAAUGUCAGCUCGUUCGAACUUUCGGGUUGUUCCGAAACUCAUUGGUUCAACGUUUAAAUCGUCAUUUCAUCAAGGACCGAUACAGAAACGGUCACGGUAUCAAAUAUUUGUACAACAUUUUUCAUUGAAAAUUUUCGAAGCAUUGCGAUAGCAGUGACUAUUUAAUGGAGGACGUGUCAAUAAUCCAUCAAUGUCAAUUAAAGCAUGAAAUUUUGUAAAAAUGAUUGAAAAAAAGUGAUGAAAAUUGUAAUGGAGUGCGAGGGUGGAUUAUGAUAUUAUUUUUUCCGCAGUAUUCUCGUUUAUUCUAAGCCACGACCGUUCAAUAUUAAAGUUUAGUUCGCUCAAGGGAAAAGCCAACUAGGGAAUUGCUGGCAGAGUAAAUACCGUUGCAGGAUCAUUCGGAAAGAGUGGUUCAAGUGAAUCGCGUGUCCGAUCUCUUCGAAGCUGUAGAGAGUGUUUUGGUUCACGUUUAGCAACGUGUGCUCUUAUCCUCAACGUAAUUGUACUGAUUUUUAGCCCGCGCAGAAAUACGAUAUUUCAAUUGAGAUUAAAUGGAAAGAUUGUGCAAGAGAACGAAUGAGAGAGAGAGAGAGAGACGGAGCGAGGUCGGAGGGAGUAAAGCAAACGGAUAAGAGAAAAAACGAAACAGCAAAAUUCGAUAAACGCCAAAUUGGAAAAAGCCAAAUUAUCCAAAAAAAACAAAUCACUGUGAAUCACUUUGAAAGCGCUUCUCCAAGCUGAUCGAAGUGAGUGCAAGCUAAUUGGAAAACUCAACAAUAUUUCAUUGGUGAAAAACAAAUAAAGGGGCAUUGUUAAAGUUAUACACGCUGAUAUAAUGCGACCAAGUGUUUUUCAUGUGUUCGUUGCGUGCGACCGAACCGCGAGAGUGAUAAAGUAGGAAACUAUAAUUAUUCUAUUUGUUAUAUUUAUUAUGCACGUACGAUUAAAGGAUCGAUAUAAUAAUCAGUGCGUAUAGAAAACAAACAAAAACAACAAAACAAACAGUUUACCAAGGUUUCUUGUGUCUUGACGUUCGAUGAUGACAAUAACUUAGAUAGAAACGGAUGUUGUUCGCGCGUAGCGUUAAUAUAUCAAGUUUUCGUGAGAGAUUAUCAGCCACGAGAAUGCAGUUUAUGGCGCUCUGUUUGAGUGGAAAAGUAAGAAAAAAAAAAAAGAGAAAAAAAAACAAAUAAUUCAAGAGAGAUUUAUGACUUUGUGUCGAAAAUUGGAGAGAGACUGAUUCAAACGAGACAACGGGAUCGUCGAGAACGAGCAAAUCGUAGAAGAAAAUGAAUAUUCGAUAAUGAGGAUAACUAAAUGAUCGUCGAAGAUAUAAUAAAUUUUCUCGUUCUCGUUCGAUCACGUUUCGGGAUAAAAUAUCCGAUCCUCCUAAACCGAAAGAUGAGGUAAAAACAAAUGAAAGUCGUUUAAGAGGUCGAUAGAUAUAAAAUAAGUUAAUAUUUAUUAUUUCGUGAAAUACAAUUAAUAUAUGCUCUUC